GAAAUAACAACUUGAAGAUGGAAAUUCUUUGUGUUUGCUGUGAAUGUUGCCUAGGACUUCGAUCUGACGAGGGUGCCUCACUUGGAGGCUUAUCUAUGCUUUGCUGCUGUUAUUGUUGCCUUAAAGGCUAUGAAGAGAAUAUAUCUGGGCAUAAGUCCAGGGUCUAUAGAUACAUAAAUAUAGUUCUUGUCUUUAUAUUUGUAAUGGUUGCUGUGAUUUUAACAGCAAUCAUACAAAGCAAAACAAGCUUAUCUAAUUAGCAAAUAACAAAAAUAUUCGAUAAUUGGUAGCUUGGUGCUUUAACUGAAAUUUAAAUAUUCGACUUCUGCCCAGCUGAUUAUGAAUUGCUAACCAACUAUUCAAUACCAGGAAUAUAAGAAGGCUGUAUCUGCAUGAGCGAUAGAGAUGUUUCAACAUUCGAAUGCUCAGAUUGGGAUAAGUUUUAAAAUUGUUACAAUAUACCAGAAAAGGACCCGAUCGAAUUUUCCAAAUGGGUAUUAUCCUCGAAUAACUCAUUUUAUGCUUUUUAACUCUGUGGGAAAAGAUCCACCUUACCAUUUUAUGAAUUAUUAUAAAACAAAAUAACAACUGCAGAAGAUUGUAAAGCAAAUGGUUACAAAGUAUGUGAAACUUAAUCCACAGAAUUUGUUUAUUGCGUACUCAAAGAAGAAACUUGUCCAAUAAGAGAAAUCAUAUUCAGCUAAUACCAACUCUCAGAAUACGAGAUAUAGUAAAAUAAUUAUAGUUUAAUUUAUGACAAGGGAUUUUAUACAUAUGUAAGUCUAUCAAAAGAAACCUUUCCGCUAAUGAAUUUUGCCAUCGUAAAAGGCAAGGGAGUGUGUUUUGAUAACAGUAUAUAGAGUUUAAAUCCUAAACUCGAUGAGGAUUACAUCUUGUUUGAUCCAGCCCCAGAAGAUUGCACCUUAGAUGAUAGUUAUUACUAGAUAUCAACAAUAAAUGAAAGAUAGCUGUUUAAUCUUAACAAUAUUCUGUCACUGGUUCAAGCAGAAAGACCUUUAUAUGAUAUUAGCAACAAAGUAGAAUAUUAAUUACUUGCUUAGAAUCAAAUAUAGUUUAAAGAGGAUUGCAGAUCCAAAAAGUAAACCUUAAUUAAUAUUUUAGUUUUGAAUAACUGGUUGAUCUUGACUCAAGGUUUAAAAGCCAGAGGACUAUAACUAUCUGUUAAUUAGUAUUUUCAUGCGUCGCAUUUGUAAUUAUACUUCUUUUUAUGUUAAAUGAAUUACAUCGUUGUUGUUAUAAGGAUUGUGGCAAAUGCUUUGGAGGAAUAUAAUUGUUAAUUAAAGAACUUAUAGUUUAUUUACUAGGUGUAACUGUUAUUGUUGCCUAUGCUUUUAUGAUGGAUUUGGUCAAUACUAUCGAUGAUUUUACUAGUAAAAAUUGUUUCCCUUAAAGUGGCUAAGACAGAAUGAAUUAAGUGCGUGAAAGUUUGGUCAAUACUGCUUUGUCCCUUUCCUAUUGUCUCCUUAUUAAUGUAGGUCUCAUGAUGGUCAUUAACUUUUUCAUGUCAACCUUUUUGUGUUUUAAAAAUUAUAAACUUAGUUUGAAGAUGCCAAAUUUCUUCACAAGGUAGAAAUCAUACAGAUUUGAAGCUCAUCGUUACAACCCAGAUGAUUAUAAAAAAAAGGAAGAACCUAUUUAGAAUCAAAAUAAUUACUAAAAUCCUUAUUAAGCUCCUAACUAAGAUAAUAAUAGAUAUCCAUAUCUUGCCCAAAAUCUGAGCGGAGACUAAAAACCUUACCCAAUUCCUUAAUUAGGCCAUAAUAACAAUCCAGAUCGAUAUUAAGGCUAUGAUAAACAUUCUUACCCACCUCCCCCCUCCCAUUAUUAGUAAAAUCCCAUCCAAUAUUAGUAAAAUCCUACUCCUUAAUAUUACGAAUAGUAGGUAAUUCAUAAUAAACCUCCUUAACAUCAGUAUGUUUAAAAUCAAGCAGUAGAAGACGAACCUCCAAUAAUAUAAGAAGAAGAUCCUCCAGUAAUCAAAUAAGAAAAUUAAAAAUAUAUAUAAUGA